AUCAUAUGUGAAAUCCAUGGCACAAAACAAGCGGAAUUAGAAAACAGCAUUUUUAGCCCCGUUGACUUGCAUUCAUGUUUUUGUUCUUCCGGGAACCCGUGGUCUGGAAGUAGAUGGGCAUGACUUCGGCUCCCUAUGGAGCGCUGUCUGUCACCUAUGACAGAAUGUGGAAUCUUGCGUUACCAUAGUUACAGCUCAGGUGCAUCGUUUAAAAUGCUUUAUUAUUAAGGCUAGAACCUUUCAGACUUCAGUAUAAGUUCCAUCUCGAGAGAGUAGGACCUUUUCUCUGCGGUCUCUGUGUUUGCUGACUUUAGUCUUCCAGAGAGCACCUCUAGCAGAACGAUGGAGGACAACAUGAACCUCCUGGAGAGUUUUGAGAGUUACAUGGGGGACUUCUCCCUUCUGGACGAGAUCCUUCAGGACUACCAGGCCUUUCCUUUUUCUACUCCACCUUCUCCUCUUCUUGAACAUCCUCCCUCACCUCUCCUUCCUUCUAUUUCUCCUCCACCUUCUCCUCUUCUUCGACAUUCUCCCUCACCUUUCCUUCCUUCUUUUCCUCCUGCUUCACCUCCCCCUCCUCCAUCUCCUUUUUUAGCUCCUCCACUUUCUCCUACUGCUUUUCUUUACCUCCCACCCUCUCCUCCUGUUGUUUCUUCUCUGCCAUCACCUCAUACUCCCACUGUCUCUUUUCUGCCUCCAUCCUUUCUUCUUCCUGACAUUCCACCUGCUGCUCCUGUUUCUCCUCCUCAUACUCCCACUGUCUCUUCUCUGCCUCCAUCCUUUCUUCUUCCUGACAUUCCACCUGCUGAUCCUGUUUCUCCUCCUCAUACUUCCACUGUCUCUUCUCUGCCUCCAUCCUUUCUUCUUCCUGACAUUCCACCUGCUGCUCCUGUUUCUGCUCCUCAUACUUCCACUGUCUCUUCUCUGCCUCCAUCCUUUCUUCUUCCUGACAUUCCACCUGCUGCUCCUGUUUCUGCUCCUCAUACUUCCACUGUCUCUUCUCUGCCUCCAUCCUUUCUUCUUCCUGACAUUCCACCUGCUGCUCCUGUUUCUGCUCCUCAUACUUCCACUGUCUCUUUUCUGCCUCCAUCCUUUCUUCUUCCUGACAUUCCACCUGCUGCUCCUGUUUCUCCUCCUCAUACUUCCACUGUCUCUUCUCUGCCACCAUUCUUUCUUCUUCCUGGCAUUCCUCCUGCUGCUCCUGUUUCUCCUCCUCAUACUUCCACUGUCUCUUCUCUGCCUCCAUCCUUUCUUCUUCCUGGUACUCUACCUGCUGAUCCUGUUUCUCCUCCUCAUACUUCCACUGUCUCUUCUCUGCCACCAUUAUUUCUUCUUCCUGGCAUUCCUCCUGCUGCUCCUGUUUCUGCUCCUCAUACUUCCACUGUCUCUUCUCUGCCACCAUUCUUUCUUCUUCCUGGCAUUCCACCUGCUGCUCCUGGUUGUGCUCCUCAUACUUCCACUGUCUCUUCUCUGCCACCAUUCUUUCUUCUUCCUGGCAUUCCACCUGCUGCUCCUGGUUGUGCUCCAGUCUCUAACCCAAAUAAGAGAAAGCGUGAGCACCAGCAGCAGGACCGCCCCUAUGUGAAGAAGCCACUAAAUGCCUUCAUGAUCUUCCUGCGGGACCAGAGGCCAAAGGUGGUGGCUGAGCUGAAUCCGAAAGACAGCGCUGCUGUCAACGCCGUCGUAGGCCAGAGGUGGAGGGAACUGUCUCCUGAGCAGAGGAGCAUCUACUUCGACCAGGCUCACGAGGAACAGAGGCUCCACAUGCAGCAGCACCCGGGCUGGGUCCCCAACUACAACCCUAAGGCAAAACGCGUUAAGAAGGAGCCAGCCGCCAGCUCUGCAGCGUCCAGCAGCCCAGGAGGGAGCAGCCGCAGCCAGUGACCAACAUCUGGAAUAUCUUUUUAUAUUUCCUUUGUUGUGUUCACUUUUCUAGUGUUUUACUGUUUGUAAACCCACAUUCAGACCAAUGACCACACACACACACACACACACACACACACACACACACACACACACACACACACAGAGA